UUGCUAGAUACCUUUAAAAAUGUUUUUUAUAAUUCCGAAACCAGUGAUUUAAAAGAUUCUAUUUUUCCAAAUGAAACUAUUUAUGGACUUAGUUCCGGCAUUCCAGACGGAGGCUGUGGAAUAGCAGUUGUACGAGUCUCAGGGCGAGAUUCUGUUAAUAUUUUGAAUAUUUUGACCAAUAAAAAUGCUGACACAUGUUCUUAUAAACCCCGAGAAGUGAACUUAACUAAGCUAUACUCGCCAAUAGAUGGCAAUAUAAUCGAUCACGCACUCACAAUAUACUUUAAAUCGCCGAAUUCAUACACAGGCGAAGAUGUUGUUGAAUUUCACACACACGGUAGCAAAGCUGUAAUACUAGAAUUGUUCAACAACUUUGUUUAUAUUUCAAAUAACUUUAACGUCAGAUUGAGGCAAGCCGAAAAGGGCGAAUUUACUAGAAGAGCAUAUUAUUCAGGAAAGUUUAAUUUAACCCAGGUCGAAGCUAUAAGGGAGCUGAUAGCUUCAAAUAACCAAAUUCAAAAGAAAAAUUCAAUACUUAAGUUGAACAAUAACUUGUAUAAUUUGUAUCAAAAAUGGACAAAGAACCUGAGUGGAAUAGUAGCGCGAGUUGAAGGAUCGAUAGACUUUCAGGAGGAAAGCUGUAGUGAUAUAAUUUUAAAGGAUACAUCCGUAAUAAGGAAUCUAUUGACUGACUUAUUAGUCGAUAUUAAAUCGCACAUUAACAACAAAAAGGAAGAGAUAGUUUAUGGAAUUAAAUUAUUGCUGAUGGGUCCCCCAAAUUCAGGGAAGAGCAGUUUCGUCAACAAUUUGUUUAACGAGGAAAUUAGUAUAGUGUCCAGUCUUCCAGGGACCACUCGAGACCUGAUAAGAGUGAACUACAAGUUGAACGACCUGAGCUUUCAAAUCAUUGACACGGCAGGAGUGCGCACGAUCUCACCAGACACCAAAAACGAUAACGAGACAAUCGAAAUGCUCGGUAUAAAUAAAGCAAUUGAUCAAAUAAAGAGCUCUAACAUCAUUCUCUUCAUUUUUGACCCACUGAACACAAAAGACUCAAUGUACUCACUGAGUAGGCUGUUCUCUGAAUUCAACGACCAGGAUGACGAAGCCGAUAAACUAAUAUACAUAUUAGUUGGUAAAAUAGAUCUGAUUGAAGAUGUAAUUAAGUACCAUGAGAUGAUAAGAGAAUUUCUGUCAAAAUUAGGGGAAAGGAACGAAAAACUUUCAAAGAUUGUUAGUAAUGUAAAAGUGUUAAGCACGUGUAACUUAAAUCAAAGCAGUGUAAAUUAUAUCAUGAAGGAAGUGAAUAGGGACAUAAACAAACACUACCAACUUGACUCAGACACACUGUUCAUCAAUGAGCAGAGGCAUAAAUCGCACUUAAACAACAUCGUCAAGUACAUACAAAAGAUAAUAGAUUUAAUUGAUGAUAAUAAAGCAGACUUGGAAAUAAUUGCUGAAUAUUUGAGGUAUUCAUAA